AUGUCCAAAACAACUUAUACUACAUAUACACCUAUUAGUGCCAAUGAUGAUGAUGUUGUUGUCGAUGGUAUUGCUGUUGUAUCGGACACAACAAUCCCACCUAAACUACAUGUGCCCAAUGAUGUGGACAAUGAUGCCGACGACUACGAUACCGAUGACCCUAAGCUAACCGCCUGUGGUAUCGGCUCGUGGCGACCCCAAUGGCUACAAGUGUUUGCCAGUCCGUUGUUUUUUAUGAUCAACUUUGCAGCCAUCGGUAUCAUACAGGGUAUGACCGGUGCCUACUUUAUCGGGUCGAUGUCGACACUGGAAAAACGGUUUGCAUUUGAUAGCAAAAUAUCUGGUCUUAUACUGAUUGCCGACAACUUUUCACAAAUGCUGGUUAGUCCAAUUAUUGGCUAUAUGGGCACCCGAUUCAAUAGGCCACGCAUGAUAGCCAGUGGUGAGCUAGUACUGGCGCUGUCCUGUUUUAUUACAGCCCUACCCUAUCUGCUGUACGGUCCGGGCACUCACCUACUCCAUGACGAUAGACUGUUACAAAGCAAAAUGAUGCGCAACGAAACCCGCUACGAGCUAUGUCCGGCCAAUCACGACGACAUUGACUGUUCAAACGGUAAACACUCGACAGUAUGGCUGGCCGUUGUCUUGCUAUGGUCGGGUAGUUUUCUCAGAGGACUGGGCUUUACAGCCUAUUUUGUUAUCGGUAUGCCCUAUGUUGACGAUAGUGUAUCCAAACGCAAUUCGCCAAUUUAUAUCAGUUUGAUUAGUGCACUUCGGCUGAUAGGACCGGCCGGCGGUUAUCUACUGUCAUCGUUGACACUACGCUUCUACGAGAAUCCGUUUUACGACCCGGGCAUCAAUAGACGUGAUCCACGAUUCAUUGGCGCAUGGUGGAUGGGAUUCACGUUGAUCGGGAUCUGCCUGUUUUUUGCAUCCCUUCCCAUGUUCCUGUUUCCCAAACAACUUAAAACAGCCAGUGUUAAGGCUAAAGAUCUUAAGGACAAUGUCAAGGGUAUGAAAGGAACAAUAAAAGCUAUCAAACGUUUAUCAAGUAAUCCGAUACUAAUGUGCCAAUUGAUAGGCAGUACCAUACGUUAUAUAGGCAUUGGCGGCUAUGUUAUCAAUAAAGUCAAAUACAUUGAAUCUCAGUACCGUCAGAGCAGCUCCAGUGCCAGUUUUAUUACGGGUACUAUAUCUAUACUACCCAUGUGUGUCGGUAUCAUAUUGGGCGGCUCAGGUAUCAGUUGGAUUAAACCCAGGGUUCGCAAUCUGAUGAUCUAUAUGUUUAUUGUGGAACUGGUAUUCAAUGGUGGUAUAUUUGCCGGUAUGUUUAUGGGAUGUCCGCCACUGGAACUGCCACCCUAUCACGAUAUGGAUAACAAAUUUACAAUGAAGUCCCGGUGCAAUGCCGACUGUGAUUGUACUACCAGUGUGUUCACACCUGUAUGUUCAUCUGAUAGGGCUACUACCUAUUUUUCGCCAUGUUACGCUGGAUGUACAAAAAUGAACCGGGAUACCAAUACACUAUCCCAGUGCUCGUGUAUUGAUGGCUACGGACAGACAGCUACCGCUGGCUAUUGUCAAAGCGAUUCCGAUAAAUGUGAUAAAAUGUUUCCCUAUUUAAUAGUCAUAACAGUUUGUCUGCUAAUAUCGUCAACGGCCAGGACUGGCAACUAUUUGCUAUCAUUUAGGGCUGUCGACCCAAAAGAUAAAAGUUUUGCAAUGGGACUGAUGUCCACAUUUAUGGCCUUAUUUGCAUUUAUACCGUAUCCACUAAUAUUUGGUGCCAUCACCGACUCGGCCUGUCUGGUCUGGGAGAAAACAUGCGGCAAAACUGGCAACUGUUGGCUAUAUGAUCAGGAUAAGUUUAGAUACUAUUUGCACGGUGCUGCAUUUGCAUUUAUGAUGGUCGGCACAAUGUUUGAUUUGGGCAUCAUUUUUAUGGCCGACAAAGUUAAAGAUUUCUACGAUGAUAAUGCUAAUAAUGAUAAUGCUAAUGGUAAGGGUAGUCUAGAAAAAGGUAAUACAAUCAAUGAAAAACAGGCUAACGGUGCUAAUAAUAAUAAUAUUGAUACUAAUGUGAUACCUAUGAAAACUAUUAGUACCGGUAUAGUAGAUGAUGAUGAUAAUAAAAAUCAUGUUAUUAAAUUUGAUGGUGAUUGAUAUUUUUAUUUUUAUAGAUAAUAGAUAUAUAUGGACAGGUAGAUAGAUAGAUGGA